UCUCUCUCCUUUAUCUUGUCUCUCAUCUUCCGCAGCCUCUCUCGUCAGAAGAGCUUUUAUACAGAAACCCUAGAAAUCACACAAAUUCUUCUUCGUUUUCAAGCCAAAGUUUCUGGAUCUGCUUGUUUGGUGAAUCGACCGACGGUUACUUUGUUAAGAUUCGACUUUUGAUUGUGGGCAAUGUCGUCGUUGAGUAGAGAAUUGGUGUUUCUCAUUCUCCAGUUCCUGGAGGAGGAGAAAUUUAAAGAAUCGGCUCAUAAGCUUGAACAAGAAACAGGGUUUUUCUUCAAUAUGAAGUAUUUUGAGGAGAAAGUAUUAGCUGGUGAAUGGGAAGAAGUGGAGAAGUAUCUUUCUGGAUUUACGAAAGUUGACGACAAUAGAUACUCCAUGAAGAUAUUCUUUGAAAUCAGGAAGCAGAAGUAUUUAGAAGCACUUGAUAGGCAAGACAAAGCUAAGGCUGUUGAUAUACUUGUGGGUGAUUUGAAAGCGUUCUCUACAUUUAAUGAAGACUUAUAUAAGGAAAUUACUCAGCUCUUAACGCUUACCAACUUCAGGGAAAAUGAACAGUUAUCCAAAUAUGGUGAUACCAAGACAGCUCGAAGCAUAAUGUUGAUAGAGCUUAAGAAACUAAUAGAAGCGAAUCCUCUUUUUCGUGAGAAGCUUGUUCUUCCUACUUUAAGGUCUUCAAGACUGCGGACUUUAAUCAAUCAAAGUCUGAAUUGGCAGCAUCAGCUCUGUAAGAAUCCAAAGUCUAACCCAGAUAUCAAGACCUUAUUCACCGAUCAUACUUGCAACCCUCAAAAUGGAGCUCUUGCACCUGGUCCUGCUACUAUUCAAACUGCUGCACUUGGAAAACCUCCUAUUUAUUCAUCAUUGGGAACACAUAGUCCAUUUAUGCCAGCUGCAACGACAGGUAAUGCUAAUGCUUUAGCAGGUUGGAUGGCAAAUGCUGCUGCUUCUUCAUCUAUUCAAGCGGCUGUUGUUACAGCUUCCUCUUUACCCGUUCCACCAAACCAAGUCUCAUUAUUGAAGCGUCCAAUAACACCACCAACCACCCUAGGUAUGGUUGAUUAUCAGACUGGUGAGAAUGAGCAGAUAAUGAAAAGACUGCGGCCUCUACAAUCUGUUGAGGAGGUUACAUACCCACCCCGACAGCAUCCUGGUUGGACCCUGGAUGAUUUGCCAAGAAUUGUAGCUUGUUCCAUGCAUCAAGGAUCUGUUGUUACAAGCAUGGAUUUCCAUCCAUCUCAUCAUACAUUGCUCCUUGUUGGUUCUGCUAAUGGCGAAUUGGCACUAUGGGAAGCUGGCUUGCGGGAGAAACUGGUUUCAAGGGCAUUCAAGAUAUGGGAUAUGUCUACAUGUUCUCUGCAAUUACAGGCUUCUAUGGUGAAAGAUACUUCUGUAUCUGUUACUCGUGUCACAUGGAGCCCAGAUGGGAAUUUCUUGGGGGCUGCCUUUACAAAACAUGUGAUCCAUCUGUAUGCUUAUAAUGGGCCCAAUGAUUUCCGUCAGCAUUUAGAGGUUGAAGCUCAUGUUGGUCAAGUUAAUGACUUGGCUUUUGCUCAUCCAAACAAACAGCUCUGUGUUGUAACCUGUGGAGAUGAUAAAUUAAUAAAGGUGGGAGAGAAAAUCCCAAUUUUCUUUACAUGUUUGGACAGUUCGGACAUUAUUAUAUUCUCAAGCAAAUAUUUGAAACAGGUCUGGGACUUAUCUGGCAGAAAGCUGUUUAACUUUGAAGGUCAUGAAGCACCUGUAUAUUCUGUUUGUCCUCAUCAAAAGGAGAAUAUUCAGUUCAUAUUUUCAACUGCCGUGGAUGGGAAAAUUAAGGCUUGGCUGUAUGACAACAUGGGAUCUAGAGUUGACUAUGAUGCACCUGGGCGAUGGUGCACAACUAUGCUUUACAGUGCUGAUGGCAGUAGGUUGUUCUCCUGUGGAACAAGUAAAGAAGGGGAUUCCUUUCUGGUUGAAUGGAAUGAGAGUGAAGGAGCUAUUAAGAGGACAUAUACUGGUUUCAGAAAAAAAUCAAAUGGCGUUGUGCAAUUUGAUACCACUCAAAAUCACUUUUUAGCUGUGGGCGAAGAUAACCUUAUCAAGUUCUGGGACAUGGAAAAUGCCAAUGUUCUAUGCAGCACAGAUGCCGAUGGUGGGCUUCAGAGCCUUCCUCGCUUGAGGUUCAACAAGGAAGGUAAUCUUCUUGCUGUAACUACAGCAGACAAUGGAAUUAAAAUACUCGCAACUGCUGCUGGCCUUAGAUCUUUAAGGGUAGUUGAAGCCUCAUCUUUUGAAGCAUUAAGAUCUCCAAUGGACUCUAACAUGAUAAAGGUUUCUGGGUCUUCUGCUGUUAACAUCAAUCCAGUGAACUGCAAAGUUGAAAGAAGCUCUCCAGCUAGGCCUUCAUCUGUUCUCAAUGGAGUUGAUGCUAUGGCGAGAAGCAUGGAAAGACCAAGAAUAUUGGACGAUGCAACUGAUAAAUCGAAGCCAUGGCAGUUGACUGAAAUUGUAGAUCCUGUUCAAUGCCGGACUGUUACUAUGCCAGAGAGUGCUGAUGCGCCCAGAAAGGUUUCUCGACUGCUUUAUACAAAUUCAGCAGUGGGCCUUUUGGUACUUGGGUCUUCAGGUGUUCAGAAGUUAUGGAAGUGGGGACGCAGUGAACAAAAUCCAAGUGGAAAGGCGACUGCAAAUGUUGUUCCACAGCAUUGGCAACCGAAUAGCGGCCUCCUUAUGAGAAAUGACGUUUCGGGCGUUAAUAUCGAUGAAGCAGUUCCAUGCAUAGCGUUGUCAAAGAAUGAUUCCUAUGUAAUGUCAGCCUGUGGGGGGAGAGUUUCGUUAUUUAACAUGAUGACCUUCAAGGUAAUGACGACGUUUAUGCCACCUCCACCUACUUCAACUUUCUUAGCAUUUCAUCCACAAGAUAAUAAUAUUAUAGCCAUAGGAAUGGAGGAUUCCACCAUCCACAUAUACAAUGUUAGGGUGGAUGAGGUGAAGUCGAAACUUAAAGGUCAUCAAAAGCGGAUAACUGGAUUAGCCUUUUCGACCCUUCUCAACAUAUUGGUUUCAUCUGGGAGUGAUGCACAGCUCUGCAUCUGGAGCAUUGAUGCAUGGGAGAAGAGGAAAUCUGUUCAACUACAACUGCCUGGAGGGAAAUCUCCUACUGGUGGUGAUACUGGAGUGCAGUUCCAUUCUGAUCAAAUCCGUCUGUUAGUAUCACAUGAAACACAGCUGGCUAUAUACGACGCUUCAAAGAUGGAACGCAUUCGUCAGUGGAUCGCCCAAGAUGUCCUUCCUGCUCCCAUAUCUUACGCCACAUAUUCUUGCAACAGCCAACUAGUUUACGCCUCAUUCUGUGAUGGAAACAUCGGAGUUUUUGAUGCAGAUAGCCUUAGACUACGUUGUCGCGUUGCUCCUUCUGUAUACUUGUCACCAACAGUCUUGAAUGGUAAUCAAGGUGUGUACCCAAUAGCUGUGGCGGCACAUCCACAGGAUCCAAAUCAAUUUGCAAUCGGGCUGAGCGAUGGGUCGGUUAAAGUUCUUGAACCGUUGGAAGCAGAGGCGAAGUGGGGAUCGGCUCCUCCAACAGAUGCUGAUAACAAUAGUCGUAAUAAUAAUAAUAAUAAUAAUGGUAAUGUUCGGGCUGGAUCAUCGUCGAACACAAGCAACAAUCAUCACACUCCUGAUCAAGGUCAAAGAUGAAUGAAGAUCUUUCUUCUUCGAUCUCUUUGUAUUUUGCUGCACUUAAUUUUAUUUUUUAUUUGAAAAAGCAGAAAACAUUGCAGACAAGAAUUGUAGAACACUGAUAUUAUAGCAUAAUUUGGUUGUAAGCUCAGGUUAUAUAUAUAGUAUUCAAUUUGUUCUUAUUAACUGUUUGUCAGUCACGGUUAUGCAUAUAUAUAUAUAUAUUGUAUGAAAAUAUUUAGCAUAUUAUUAUUA